GACACCGCUCACCAGCCGCACCCUCGCUGCGGGUGCGUUUUUGCCCCGCGCCCGCUACCUGCUUCGCGCUCAUCUCGGCGCACAAGCAAGCCACCCGUCUCGCGGCAGGCGCGAUGGGCGGGCAGCAGAGCCGCGGCGAGGGCGCCGGCGACGACGCGCAGCAGGAGAAGGCCAAGAAGGCCAAGAAGUACGAGGCUCCUGCGCCGACUCGCGUGGGGCGCAAGAAGCGCAAGAAGGCGGGUCCGGCAGCGAGCAGCAGGUUGCCGACCGUGGUGCCGGCGACCAAGUGCAAGCUGAGGCUGCUCAAGCUCGAGCGCGUCAAGGAUUACCUCUUGAUGGAAGAGGAGUUCGUCGCGCGGCAGGAGCAGGUCAAGCCGCAGGAGGAGUCGGCGCAGCAGGAGCGGACAAAGGUGGAGGACAUCCGCGGCACGCCGCUCGGGGUGGCGACGCUCGAGGAGAUGGUGGACGACAACCACGCCAUCAUCUCCUCCUCCAUCGGCCCCGAGUACUACGUCAACAUCCUCUCCUUCGUCGACAAGGACCAGCUCGAGCCCGGCUGCUCGCUGCUGACCCACAACAAGGUCAACUCGAUCGUCGGCCUGCUCGCCGACGAGGCGGACCCGAUGGGGAGCGUGAUGAAGGUGGACAAGGCGCCGGUCGAGUCGUACGCCGACAUCGGCGGCCUCGAGACGCAGAUCCAGGAGAUCAAGGAGGCGGUCGAGCUGCCCCUCACCCACCCGGAGCUGUACGAGGACAUCGGCAUCCGCCCUCCCAAGGGCGUGAUCCUGUAUGGAGAGCCCGGCACCGGUAAGACGCUCCUCGCUAAGGCGGUCGCAAACCAGACCUCGGCGACCUUCCUGCGCGUCACCGGCUCGGAGCUCAUCCAAAAGUACCUCGGCGACGGCCCGAAGCUGGUGCGCGAGCUCUUUCGCGUCGCGGAGGAGAACGCGCCGACCAUCGUCUUCAUCGACGAGAUCGACGCGGUCGGCACCAAGCGGUACGACUCGACCUCGGGCGGAGAGCGCGAGAUCCAGCGCACCAUGCUCGAGCUGCUCAACCAGCUGGACGGCUUCGACGCGCACGUCGACGUCAAGGUUAUCAUGGCGACCAACAAGAUCGAGUCGCUCGACCCGGCGCUGAUCCGGCCCGGCCGCAUCGACCGCAAGAUCGAGUUCCCCGCCCCCGACCAGAAGACGCGCCGGCACAUCUUCCAGAUCCACACCUCCAAAAUGAGCCUCUCAGACGACGUCAACCUCGAGGAGUUCGUCAUGUCCAAAGACGAGCUCUCCGGCGCCGACAUCAAGGCGAUGUGCACCGAGGCGGGCCUGCUCGCGCUGCGCGAGCGGCGGAUGAAGGUGUCGCAGGCUGAGUUCAAAAAGGCGAAGGACUACGUGCUGUACAAGAAGCACACCGGCGCGCCCGAGGGCCUCUACCUCUGAGAAGUGGAGCCGCACGCACACAGGCACACCGUGCUCGAACAGUUUGAGGCCACAGCGAGGGUCGUGUCGGCUGCCUUGGGACGUGUCGUGUAACGAUACGUCUAAAGCCGUGCAUUUCACGC